AUGAGGGGGGCGUGUGUUGAGCUGGGAGUGCAGCCCGGCCCCCUCACAGGGAAGCCCGGGAGAGCAACAGCUGGAUCAGCAGUCCGCCUGUCCCUCCGCGCAGAGCCGCAGGAUGUAAGAGGGGACAUCCCGUUAAGUCAGUGUAGUGGUGAAAUGUUGAUGAUGUCUUCGCUGCCAGGGGUUGGAUGGACUGUUCUCUGUCUCCUUCUGCUCUGGGAGAGAACGGCAGCUCAAGGUGUGGAGAUACGAUGCUCCGUGGCACCGGUGGGGGCGCUGCACCCUGUUCGUGGUCUGCUGGAGAGGUUCGAGGCGGGUCCCGGCUGCGCUGCCAGAGAACGAGGAAACAAGGAAACUCACGUCAUUGCAGUGAGGAGAGUAACAAACAGCCCCGAAAACAAGGUGACGGUGUUGCUGAAGCCUUUGUUUCUGCACCCCUCACCUCUCAGAGCCGUCCACCUGCUGCUCAGCUCCAGGCUCCCUGUCACCUGGUGGCUGCAGGCGGAGAGACUGCCCCCCAACCUCCCCGUGCUGGUGCAGGUAUCCUCUAACUCCAGCGUGCAGUCCCACACCCUGCAUCUGGAUGUCCAGACGGUGCAUUCGCUGCCUUUUCGUCCACGUGCGCUGCACCGCUGGGCUCUGAGACACCACGGCAGCCUGUCCUCUCUGACAUACAUGCCACAUGGAAACCGAGUCUACGUCCAACUGGGAGAGGAUCCAACGCUGCCUGCCGUGUGCCAGCUGCAGUCCAUGUUCCUCUCUCCCAACUACAUGACCUCGGAGCUGCAGCCGCAAGAAGUGCAGGGCUGCGCUGACGUGUCAGCGGGUGGGAUCAGCCCUGAAGUCCACGUGAUCAAGCUGCAUUCAGCGGGCUCCGGGCUCUGUGGCUCUCUCCAGGUGGAGGUGAUCAUCUCUCUUGUGCCCCUGGUGGCUUCAAACAUCCAGACGGUUGUUCUGAUCCUCAGCAGCUCUGUGCCGGUCAACUGGGCCAUUGUUGCUCCAGGUGUCCGGGGUCAUGUCUCUGUUCAUUCCUCCAACAGUGUAUCCCCACCUUACCCCCCUGAGCCUGGCCUGUACCUGUCCAGUACUCUGAACUCUGACCUGUCCACAACAUCUGACCUUCUUGUGUGGGCCAAUGAGAGCAGCUACACCAAGGUGACCUCAUACACUGAGGCUGACCUGGCCAAUCGCUUUGUGAUCCAGCUGGCUGGGGGCAGGACAGACGUGGCCACGGGGGUGAAUCCGCUGGUUGGGAGGCCUCAGUGGGCCGAGGAGCGCAGGCUGAGGCAGUGGCUGAACGGAGGAGGCAGACCAGGGGGAGGCCAACAGAGUUUCACGGUGCAGUGUGAGGACGGACGCCUCAGCGUGAGCGUAGACCAACACAUCCUGCAGAGCUUGUCUGUCCCGGUGGCUGCCGUGACUCUACGAGAUGCAACGUGCCAGGCUCAGUCCAAUGGAAGUCAUUUCCUGUUGGUGUUCCCAGUCAUUUCCUGUGGCACUGAGGGUCUGCUCCUGGGACAUCCUCGAAGGGUGAAGUACAAAAACAUGGUGAGAUAA